AUGCCUACCCACCGGAAAUCAAUACAUGGAACACACUGUGAUGGCAGUAGCUCGUCAUUAGUAACUAGCAGCUUCGUGGUUCAAGCAAAGGACAACUACAGUGUACCAAGAUAUUAUUCCGGUCUUCACUGUACUCACGCCGUGGUGUACAUACCUACAUUGCUCCAUACCAAGCAUGCUAGAUGA